AUGAGCGCGAUUCUCUCGGCAGACGACUUGAACGACUUCAUUAGUCCAGGCGUCGCCUGUAUCAAGCCAAUCGAAACCCUCCCCUCCGCCGCGCCUUCAUCGCAAGACGCCUCCUCCCUCGAGCACGAAGUAAUCCUUGACGGCCAGCCCGGCUCCGCCGCCGCAGCAAACGCUCCGCCGGCCGAAAUCUCCUUGACAGACUGCCUCGCCUGCUCCGGCUGCGUCACCUCCGCCGAGGCCGUCCUCGUGAGCAUGCAGUCCCAUACCGAGGUCCUCAACACCCUCGACUUCGGCCCCGCGCUGCGCAUCGUCGGCCCCGAUGGCAGCGGCCAGUUCCGCGUCGAUGGCCUCGAGGACGAGAGCCGCAAGCUGUUCGUUGCCAGCGUGUCGCCCCAGACGAGGGCGAGCCUGGCAGCCGCGGCGGGGGGCGGCACGACCGAGGAGGAGGCCGGACACAUGCUCGAGAGGCUGCUCAGCGGACCCGAAGGCCUUGCGAGCGCGGGGAAGCACAGGAAUGGAUUCACGUGGGUCCUAGACACGAACGUCGCGCGCGAGGCGUGUUUGGUCCUCGGCGCAGACGAGGUCUUGGGCGCCGAGAGAGCGCCUGCGUCAGCGGCGGCGGCGGCGACGAAGCCCAUCCUCACGUCGUCAUGUCCCGGCUGGGUGUGCUACGCCGAGAAGACGCACCCGUACGUGCUCCCGCACCUGUCACGUGUCAAGUCGCCUCAGGCGCUGAUGGGCACGUUGCUCAAGACCACUCUCAGCAAGAAACUCGGGAUCCCGCCGAGCAGGAUCUGGCAUCUGGCCGUCAUGCCGUGUUUCGACAAGAAACUCGAGGCGAGCCGCGAGGAGCUCACCGACUCAGUCUGGGCGGGAGACGGGCUUCCAGGCAGGGGCGUCCGCGACGUCGAUUGCGUCAUCACAAGCAAGGAGGUCCUCAUGCUGGCGGAAUCAAGGGGCUUGAAUUUCUUUGACGUCCCCCGGAGCAAGCUUAACCACCAGCGUCCACUUUUUCCCGACGCGCGUCUGGCAAGCUUCCUCUUCCCCGGCCACGGCGCCCACCGCUCGUCCCGGGCGGCCGGAACGUCCGGCGGCAACCUCUACUUCACCCUUCAAUCUGUGGCCUCCAAGCAUCCCAAUUCCCAGAUCCAAGUCGUUCGCGGACGCAACGCCGACGUUGUCGAGUUCAUCGUUGCCUCUUCCGCCGGAGACCCGAUAUUCAAAGCCGCCAGAUACUAUGGAUUCCGCAACAUUCAAAACCUGGUACGCAAGCUGAAGCCGGCACGGCCGUCCCGCAUGCCCGGCGGCAAGGCGUUCGGCGCCGCCAGGCGGCCGACCGGCAAGUCGGCCGGGCUUGAGUAUGCCUACGUCGAAGUCAUGGCUUGCCCCGGUGGCUGCACUAACGGUGGUGGACAGAUUAAGGUCGAUGACCCCAUCAUCGUCGAGCGCAAGGGUUACGAGGUCAAGCCGGGGCCCGAGGAGCAGAAGUACUUUUUGGCAGAGGUUGACGAGGCGUACUUCUCGGCGGAGGACUCGGACGGCGAGGACGCUGUAUCCCUGAACGGAGACGCUAGAAGAGAUGUUGUUGAUGGAAUUUCGCCUUCUUAUAUUCGGAAUACCCUGGCGCAUUGGGCGGAGAUUACUGGCAUAGACCUCAGUAGACUGGCGCUCACCACGUAUCGCGAAGUGGUCAGCGACGUGGGCAAGGACAAGGUGAGCGAGACGGAACGCGUUGUCCAGCUGGCGGGUAAGAUUGGCGGGGGCUGGUAG